ACACCGGUUUAUCAGCUCUGCACACACACACACACACACACACACACACAUAGAGCAGUGUGUUUUUCGGUGUUUUCCUCAUUUCCUUACUUACUCGGCUGCACCGGAGCUCUGCCCGCUGGACGAUGGCCCGUGUAACCGUGAUUGUCGUCCUGUUUUCGGCCGUCCUGUCAGGAGUGUCCGCCGGAGUGUUUUUCCAGGAGAAGCAGCCGUGCUAUGUCCGCUCCCAGAGGAGACACGACUUCGGACUGAAGACCGCCCCUCUUCCUCACGAGUAUUUAAACAUUUCCGACCUGCCCAAAUCAUGGGACUGGAGGAACAUCAACGGCACCAACUAUGUGAGCACGACCCGCAACCAGCACAUUCCCCAGUACUGUGGCUCCUGCUGGGCCCAUGGCAGCACCAGCGCCAUGGCAGACCGCAUCAACAUCAUGCGGAAAGGAGCGUGGCCAUCUGCCUACCUCUCUGUCCAGCACGUGAUCGACUGCGGUGACGCCGGCAGUUGCCAUGGAGGCGAUCACAGCGGCGUUUGGGAGUACGCAAGCAAACACGGGAUCCCGGAUGAGACCUGCAAUAACUACCAGGCUAAAGAUCAGAAGUGCAAACCCUUCAACGAAUGUGGCACCUGCACCACCUUUGGAGUGUGCAACAUUGUGAAGAACUACACCCUGUGGAAAGUGGGAGAUUUUGGAUCAGUCAGCGGGAGGGAGAAGAUGAUGGCAGAGAUUUACGCUAGAGGACCAAUCAGCUGUGGCAUUAUGGCUACAGACAAACUGGACGCCUACACUGGCGGUCUCUACUCGGAGUAUCAGGAUUCUCCCUACAUCAACCACAUCGUGUCGGUGGCAGGGUGGGGAGUGGAGAACGGAGUUGAAUACUGGGUUGUACGCAAUUCCUGGGGAGAGCCAUGGGGCGAGAAGGGCUGGCUCAGGAUCGUGACCAGCGCCUACAAGGGAGGAAGCGGCAGCACAUACAACCUGGCUUUGGAGGAGGACUGCAUGUACGGAGUCCCAAUUGUCCCCAAGACCUACCUGUAGAGGAGACACUCUGACAUGUCUUCCUGUCUCAGGUGGUGGGGGGAAAGUUUUUAUAUGCAAAAUCUUGAAAAAAAAGGGAAUAAGUUUUAAUUUUUUCUUUUUAUGAAAUUUUCGCUAUUAUUAUUUUGUUUUACACUUUUAAUCAGGGGGUCAGAUUUCAGUGCCAAGGUAAGCUGGAUGUCAGACCUGUUUGAAUCAAUGCAGAUGAUCUGAUUUUUACCACAGUGAGGUCUGCAGGCUGCUGGUUAACAGUCUGAGUCUUAUAAACCGAGUGGUUAGGAGUACAGCUAAUCUCUGCUAUAGCUCAAUUCAAGCACUGCAUGCCUGGAUAGCCAUUAAAAAGAUGCAAGAAUCUUCAGUUUACACAGAGAGGACACAGAUAGCUUUUCAUAGUUUGGAUUUUUCAAUGCAUACCGACUCAGCCAAAGAACACGAUGUUAAUAAUUUGUCCUGCACUGCUCCGACACUGAAUGUUUUCAGUGUGUGGUGUUAAAGUAUUGAUAUUGCACUACACCCUGAUGUGGAUACUUUGAGUGUGCCUUACACAAACUUGCAGUCAAGUAAAGAUUUAUGUGAUUUUGUUUUACACGCUGAACUAUAAUUGCAACUUUUGUUUCGAAAUUUGCCAAUAAACACAACACUUCAAUUUGU